UCCCUCACAGCACAAGGAGGUGUGACUCACCUCCUGCCAGCGUGAAGUGGACUCUGUCCCCUGAGCCAGGAACAAAUCAGUGAGGGCCUCUUCAGUCCUGACCUCAGCUUCUCGGCUCAGUGUGACCAGAGCCUGAGUCGGAGAAACAAUGGAGUCCAACACAAUCCAACUGACAAGGAUGGACUAUGCCAUGAAGUCUCUCAGCCUUCUGUACCCCAAGUCACUGUCCAGGCAUGUAGCAGUGAGCACUGCAGUGGUGACCCAACAGCUGGUGUCUAAGCCCAGCCGGGAGAGCCCCAGGGCGAGGCCCUGUCGGGUCAGCACGGCAGAUCGGAAGGUUCGCAAAGGCAUCAUGGCUCACAGCUUGGAGGACCUGCUGAGCAAGGUCCAGGACAUCUUGAAGCUUAAAGACAAGCCCUUCUCCCUGGUACUGGAGGAAGACGGCACGAUCGUGGAGACAGAAGAAUACUUCCAAGCCCUAGCGAGAGACACCGUGUUCAUGGUCCUGCAGAAGGGGCAGAAGUGGAAGCCCCCAUCAGAACAGCGCAAGAAGAGAACUCAGCAAGCCCUUUCCCAGAAGCCAGCUAAGAAGAUCGACGUGGCCCGGGUAACCUUCGAUCUGUACAAGCUGAACCCUCAGGACUUCAUCGGCUGCCUGAACGUGAAGGCGACCCUCUAUGACACAUACUCGCUGUCCUAUGACCUGCACUGCUACAAGGCCAAGCGCAUGGUGAAGGAAAUGCUCCGCUGGACCCUCUUCAGCAUGCAGGCCGCAGGCCACAUGCUGCUGGGCACCUCCAGUUACAUGCAGCAGUUCCUGGAUGCCACUGAGGAAGAACAGCCUUCCAAGGCCAAGACCUCCCUCCUCCCCGCCUGUCUGAAGAUGCUGCAAUGAAGACCCAGUCCUCAGAGGCCUUCCUCAGCCACGGAUGUGACUGGAGACCCUGCGCUUGCUCUGCCAGCAGCACACACAAGCCCGGCAGGCAGCCGGAGAGCUUCUCACCGCCUGCGCCUCUCACAGCACAGCACAGCCCAGCACCAGGGAACCUGCAGGAAGGGCUGGAGCGCUGGGGCGGGCUGGUCAAGGGAGGACUUCCUGGCCUGGCCCAGUUCCUUCCUUUCCUUCUGAGAUACCUUAAAGGACCAACACUUGCCCCGGCAGGGCCACUCCCUCUCUGGUGCUCCCCCCACCCCGUCCUGGCUGCCCACACCCAUCAUGCAGUAGGCAUAUGGUGGCCUCCAUCACACCAAUCAAGGCAACAAAACGAACAGUGCGCCUCAGCGCCAGCCACGUCUAUGGUUAUGGUAGCAGAGCAGUUAGCAGCCUCAGGUUCCUCUCGCCCAGGGUUCUGUUCCCUCCCUCUCAGCCCCAAGCUGCACAUGACCAUGAGGCUUGGUAGAGGUUAGCUAAAGCCAGGAUGCCAGGGAUGCAGAUUUUGGCCUCCUCACCUGAGCUAGGGAGGGACUUUAGGGAAUGCAGAUGAGUCACCCAGGCCCCUCCUGUAAGUAACCCAAUAAGCUCAUAGGUUCACCAAGCUGGACUUGGAUAUGUGGCCUUACCUGUCAUUGCCACCUUCCUGGGCGGAAUGGACACAGUCCGUGUUCUCCUGGGAAAGGCACACAAUUGCUUCUCUUGUUCCCGUUUUCCACUAAUGAAUGAAUGGUAUUAGAAUCUGCAGUAAAUAAAUAAUGCUGAUACCUCA